CUACACCCUUCUGAGCCCUGAUGCAGCUUGGCCUGAACGUGAAUGUUGGCCUGAACGUGAAUGCGACAGGUUUGCCUCUCCUGCGCCUGCUUCACGUACUCGAUAGCUACCAUAGCUAGUGUUACUAACCAUUCUUGCCCCGCGAACUUCGCGAGACACUACAGCGACUUCAGUAACACGAACCCUCUGAAAAUUUCCGCGCCCUACAUUUAUUCCGCGGCCCAAAAGAACGCAGUUUCGUUUCGUAUCCGUCUCUGUAAUGGCUAGACAUCCGGCGGUCGCGAGAUAUGCGCCUUUCCUUCGCCGACCACCAUGCACCGCUGCGCGGCUCUCCGCUCAAACGCGGAGUUUCCGCGCCCUUGCCCUGCUCGCGCUGUUCCUCGCCGGGGCGGCGUGCCCCCCCGCGGCAUCUGCUGGCGGAAACUGCACCGCCGGGUUGCGUGGGCGAGCGCGGCUGCUGCUGCGGCAAAUAGCGCAAUCGGCGCAGCCUCAACAGGUGCACAUAUCACUGGCGGGUGCGGGACGAGUGCUGGUGUGGUGGGUGACGGCCAGCAGCACGGCUCCUGCUACGGUGGCGUAUGGGAGAAACGCGGGCAGUACACCAAGGUUGCCUCAGGCGGUGUGACUCGUUAUAAGAUCAACAGUUACACGUCGGGCUACAUCCACAAGGUGCUGCUGGGGCAGCGCUGGAAGGACGGCCUCUUGAAGCCCGCCACCACCUACUACUACCGCGUGGGAGGGGCAGCAGGGGUUGGGCCUGAGAGGGCGUUCAAGACUCUUCCCCGUUGGACCCAAUCCAUCAACGUGGCAGUCAUGGCUGACAUGGACUCCACAACAGCAGCAGCCGCCACCGUCUCGCGCCUCUCCCGCACGCCACACUCCCUCCUGGUCUUCCCAGGGGACCUCUCCUACGCCAACGGCCACCAACCAGACUGGGACACGUGGCAGGCGCUCAUCCAGCCAGCGGCGUCCCUGCGGCCGUGGAUGAUGGCUCCUGGGAACCACGAGGACGAGGCUGACGAGGGGGCGCCGAGCCUCAACCCCUUCAAGGCGUACAACGCGCGCUGGCCCAUGCCAAGCACAGCUAGUGGGUCGCCCUCCAACCUGUUCUACUCGUUUGACAGCAGCAGCAUCCACUGGGUCAUGCUGUCGUGCUACUCGGACUACUCCCAGGGAUCUGCCCAGUAUAAUUGGCUUCAGGGCGAGGAGCACUCGGGCAGUGUGGAGGAGGAGGAGCUGAGGCGCAUGCGCGACGGCGUGCACGACCCCACCACUAGCAGCGGGGGGGGCGGAGGCCUGGGCGAGUGGGACCGGGUAACGUAUGUGGUGGAGGAGGGCGAGGGCGAGGGCGAGGGCGAGGGCGAGGGCGAGGGGGCGGGCGGGGGGAAGAAGGCGCGCAUCAUCUGGAGCGUGGAGCUGCACCAGCAGUUCGUCAAGGCCGUGCACCACCUCGGCGUCGACAAGGCGGUGCCGAAGAAGAUUUUGGAGAUGAUGGGUGUGCCGGGGCUCACACGGGAGAACGUCGCCAGCCACCUGCAGAAGUACCGCCUGUAUCUGAAGCGGCUGAGCGGCAUGACCGAGUCUGGCAUAUCCGCCACUCCCUCGCCUGCCGCGCUCUCCUCCGCCCCUGCACCCGUCUCCUCCGCCCCCCCUGCUCCCGCUGCUCCCACUGCGCCUGCUGCGCCUGCUGUUGGCAGUGGCAGUGGGGGGACUCCGGGCAAGGGGGCAGGGCGGGGAGGGAUGGGGGAGAGGCAAACCCUUGAUGGGAGCUGGCUGGGUACUGGCGUGGCAACCUGUAACAGAGGCAGCGCCACUGCUGCUGUUGGAUGCGGCGCAGUAGCAAGCGCAGGUGGCGGAGGAGAAAAUAGACAACGAGGGAAUGGUGGCGGCGGCAUGAGUGGCGGUGCUGGUUGUGCAGGGAGGGAGCCGGAUGAUGCGAAGGGACGAAUUGGAGAGGGCUUAGAAGAGAUGGCAGCGUCGUUGCCUAGGGCAGGAAAGGUGGCUGCCAUUGCUGCUGGUGAUGACGCUGCUGCUGCUGCUGGUCGUGGCAGCAGUGCCAUUCUAAGCGGCAUUGAUAACUCCAUGCUCCUAUCCUUGAUUCAGAAACACGGGUCCGUGGAAGCAGCAGCUGCUGCUCUCACGGGUGCACCAACCGCAGCAGCAGGACCCACAGCAGCGUCAGCAGCAGUGGCAGCAGGGAUGGGAGGACUGGGAGGACUGGUUCGGGCUCGAGCAGCCCAGGAACUUGGCAUUGGAGGGAGGCUCGGCACGGGAUCUUGGUCCGGAGGCACGUCUGGAAUAAGGUUCGGAAGUGACCUCCUUGGCAUGAAACCUGAGGGGAUCGGUGUAGCAGGAGGUAGCGGAGGAGGGGCGGGAGGAGGGGGAAAGGGAGGUGGUGGGGGUGGCAGCGAAAUGGGUGCAGCAGCCGUUUUAGCAGGCCAAGGCAUUGGUUUGUCAAGGGACAGGGCUGGGUUGGGAGGGCUAGACCAUGCUGCAGCAG